AUGGGGAACCAUGGCUCGAACCUGGACGACAUCCUGGCGGAGGACAUGCACCACUGGUACAACAAGUUCAUGAGGGAGUCUCCCUCAGGCCUCAUCACACUGUUUGAGCUGAAGGCCAUCCUGGGCCUGAAGGGCAUGAGCGAGAACGCCAACAGCUAUGUGGACCAGGUCUUCUUCACCUUCGACAUGGACGGGGACGGUUACAUCGACUUUGUGGAGUACAUCGCUGCCGUCAGUCUGAUGCUUAAAGGAGAGAUCAACCAGAAACUAAAGUGGUACUUCAAACUGUUCGACCAGGACGGCAACGGAAAGAUUGACAGGGAAGAACUGGAGACCAUCUUCUCGGCCAUCCAGGACAUCACACGGAACCGAGACAUCGACCCAGAGGAGAUCGUCUCGCUCAUAUUUGAGAGGAUUGACGUAAAGGGCGAAGGUGAGUUGACCCUGGAAGAAUUCAUCGAGGGAGCAAAAGAUCACGAAGACAUCAUGGACAUGCUGAAGAAGAUGAUGGACCUGACGCCUGUGUUAGUGAUCAUCGUAGAGGGCCGGGCGGGAUGAGAGUGAACCGGGACAACAAAGACUGAUGAAAGCAGAAAUCCUCCGAUCUCAAAUCCCCCAAAAGUAAGAAAUUGUUCAAACCAGCUCCAACUCCACGUCAGACAAAGAGACAAGACCUGUCUUCUUGGAGGCACCUCAUAUUCUGUUGUCGUGGGAUACAAACGGAUGUUGGAAAUGUAAAACUGAACUUUGCACUGUGAUUGGCUGUCCGGACUCCUGAACUGAUUUUUGACAAAGAUAUCUUCGAUGAAGACUUUUGAUGAUUCUUUUCCCAGCGGCCACUUUGAAUUUCCAGCAGGUCAACAAUACCCAAUACCAAAAAUCUGUUUUCCACCUCAGGGUUAGAAAUCAUCCACACACACAAAGAUUAUGAUGUUUAACUUAAUUUUGAUCCAAGAUAUCAGUCCAGUUCAGAGGUACCGUAUUUGUCCAGGGCUGGGUGUCGAACCUCAUGUUUUGGUAAAGUGAAGCUGUUUGUUGUAUGAGUUAUUGCUCUCAUGCUAUGUUAAAACCUAUUAUGAAUGUGGAGAAGCCAAAGAAUGAUCUGUAAAAGUAUAAUUUACCUGCUGAAAUGUACUGACAGCACCGGUUGUCAUUAACGUCCGAACUGCAGCAAUGAUUCAUGGGAGGUGAACACUUUCC